ACCACGCCGGCACAAACAGCUUCGAUUACAUUUCUAAGAUUUAUUACGAUAAAACGUGAUAUUCAUUAAUUCAAUGGGUAUACGCACACUAAACAUAUCUCAAGUUAAUGGAAUUAGGACGAUAUUUCGAUGCUCCAGCAUUGCACUAAAAGUGGUGAAAGACUCAAAAUUUUCAGUUUCUUGAAUGUCAAUUUUUUAAAUGAAUUAUUGUUAGUUAUGUGGAACUAUUGUGGCCCGAUCCCUUGUUCUGAUUUUGGAAUGUGAGGAUCACCCAGUAAAUUGUUUAUUAUCUCCAGACCAACUUUAUCUCCGUAAUUCUAGGGAUGCCAACCGCGGAGGCAGUGGAGGAGCCGGCAGUAGUCGAGGACGUUGGACAAUUGGACGACCCCGAUGAACCCCCGGGGGGAGAGGGGGCUCGUCCUAAUGGCCAACAGGGUGGCAGGGCUGGUAUUAUGAAACCCCUGGUUGUUCUCGCUCUUCCUGGAAUGUAUCUUUUCUACAAAUACAGUCAGUAUCGUCGGGAGCAGCGGGAAUUGUCGAGAAGACGAAUCACCGAACGAGAGUUGCAGCAUCUCCAUCACAAAAUCGAUAAAUUGCUGACGAAGUUGGAGGAGAAUGAACCCGAAAUGGCAUCUUCUCAGGAGGAUGAAUGUGUCAUCUGCGUCAAUGCAAGAGCAACGAUGCAGACAGCGCCUUGCGGCCAUCGUGUGGUUUGCAGACGUUGUUUCGUUAAGACGAUACAAAUGGCCGUCUCCCAGAGACUGUUACCCCUCCGGUGUGUCAUAUGCCGGGCGAAAAUUCUGCGAUUGAAGCAGACAUUGAUACCUAGAGAUUACUCAAUGUCUGGGAAAUCAUGGGUACUGCCUCAAAGUGCAUCCGAGUACAAUAUGGGCUCCGCUGGUGUCGGUACCAGUGGCAGUGGCCCGGGUGGCAGGUGGGGAACGGGUUCGGUUCCCGCAUCAGCAUCGCUUUAUUCAAUGGCCAGUGGAUCAUCCUCCAUAUCUGGUGUGUCUUCCGUGUCAUCAGCAACUUCAUCAUCAGCCAGUAGUGCAGGGAGUUCAUCCAUGUCAAAACCAACGCGAUUACGUCAACCAACUGGAGCUACUUUUCGAAAAACCCAAACGCAAUCGAUGAAAAUGCGAAUACAGGAGUAUCAAGAUUCCAGUCAGCAGAUUGCUGAAGACGACGACGCGAUAAGGGACAAUCGCGAAAGACGACUGCCACCAAUAAAAGAAUUUCAGCGAGAUUAUCGCGCUGGAAAAGCUUCCACAAGGCUGAGAUGCGCACAGAAAAUAGUAACUCAACUUGAGAUAUCCCCAACUCACCGAGUUCCUCCGAGUAAUCCCCCAGCUCCAUCAUCGUCAUCAUCCUCAGCAUCGACCCGUGCAUCUACAAAAAGGCCAAGCUCAGCCCCUAGAACAGUCCUAACAGUAGCUCAAGAGGUGCAGAAAUCAAAAAAAGAAAAGGAGAAGGAGAAAGAGCGCGAGAAAGCGGAAAAAGCGAGACAAAAGGAGGAGGAAAAAGCGGAAAAAGCAAGAGCAAAGGAGGCAAAAAAAUUGGCGAAAGAAGAGAAGAAAAGAGCAAAAAAAGAGGCUAAAGCCCGACGAAAGGAAGCAGAAGAGGCGCUCCUCAGGGAUGAUAAAUAAUUCCCCAAUAAGAAAAUCUUUGUUGUAUCCUCUACCCCCAUUCUCCUGCCAAUGUAAAAUCCAAAACAAUGAGAAAAUCCCCACAAGAAAUAAUCUAGAACAAUAAAAUGGAUUUGAUAACCUAGAUGAAAAUAACGGCUUAAAAGCAUUAAGAGGGGAAAACUGAUGAAAAUUAAAAUUCAUAAUGCAGUAGUCAGGGCUGGCGGAACCCAUAUAGUGGAUUUCAAAAAAAUUGAAGAGUUAAAUUUUGCGGCUAAAUAAAAAGGCUCUAUUACCAUUCGAAUAUAAUAAGGAAAAUUACCGAAACGCGAAAAAAAUUUUGCUCCACGAAUUCUCCUCGCUCGUUGAAUUUUAAAGCCCUAAAUGAUCGCAACGAAAUCAUUACCGACACGAGAGUAUGAUGAAACGACUUGAGGGUUGUCUGAAGUGGAUGAAUAAUGUUUAAAAAUGCUAAAAAAUGCGAGGUGGUAACCGAUUCUGGCGCCGCCAUGUUGUUUGGAUCUCGAGGGAUUUAUCCUGUCGGCGUAGCGGGAGAGAGGGAAGGGCCAAUGACUCGCGCGCGUGCCAUGUGUGAGUGCGUGACGUGACGAAAACGCUCCCCCACUCUCGCGUGCCCAGGGCCGUAGGUAGGUCACAGGGUGUAGGGGUUUACAUUCAAACAGUGUCCGCGUUUAUUUCACGAAAUCGGCCGCGCGUGCCGCGCACGCACUGAUAGAAAGAUUCAUUUAUUGCAAACGAGAUUCGUUAACUAUUAACGAAUCUAGAGUUGAAUAUGACCAAAUGAAUAUUCGUUAAUCUUUUUUUUCUUUUAUUGUUUUAGAGUGCUG